GUCAGCUCAGGCUUGUGGACGAGGAGUGGCUCGUUUAAUCAUCCCUUAACACUUGUUGCAUGCUUAAAAGGUGAGAGUCAAGUCUAUCAGUUUAAUUGGCAGUCGGUCUCUGGUAUUCCCUCUUUUUUUCUCAUAUCCGCCACGAAUUAGCCUGCCUGCUGUUGCUUAAGUUCCUUCAAUAUUGCUUUUUUGUUCUAAAUAUCGAACCUCCUAGGGGCUGUCGUUAGCUCGGGACAGCCCAACUGUUGGAAAACACAAAUCUCAAUGGACGACGACGAGACCGUGGAGGUUGCCCCCGAUUAUCAUGAUACCUUCUAUCACCACGACAGGCUGUACCAUGUAGUAUCGGUCAACAGCAAUACGAACUUGGAACCUGUUGAUGAGGCUGAGAUUGCGCGCCUGGAGAAUUGCCACCAGAUUUUCUAUAUGAUGGUCGGUGGCCACCUGGCUCUCCCAAACGUUGACCGGGCGGGAAGGGUAAGGGCAUCCUCUUUGAGGCGAGUACUCGACUGUGGUACUGGCCCGGCCAACUGGGCCAUAGAUGUUGCCAACGCCUAUCCCUGGUGCGAGGCAUUGGGAACCGACAUCAGCGCCAAUAUGCUACCACCGGACUGGAAUUGGCCAGAUCGCUUCAGAUUUGAACUAUGUAACCUCAACGAAACCCUACAAUUUGGCCAUGAUGUUUUCGAUCUAGUCAAUAGUAGAGGUGUGGCCGGGGGGAUCAACGCAAGUCGAUGGCCGCAGUAUGUUCGAGACAUAUACCGAGCAGUCCGUCCGGGAGGAUGGUGUCAGAUGGUCGAGACACACUUCACGGCCCAGUCAUUUAACGGCACCUUGCCAAAUGAUGGCGGACUUAGCCGAUGGUCGACGGCAUACAUGGACUCCAUGAGCCGGUCAGGCAAGGAGCCUAGAGCAGGCAGCCAGCUCGCACAGUGGCUGACACAAGCCGGCUUCGAGAACGUUCAAAGCCAGGCGGUGAGGUGGCCCAUGUGUGGUUGGUCGGAUGGUUCAGGGAGAGAGGAUGAUGCAAUAAGGUACGAUAUCGGGCUUUCAAGUGAGGAAAAUAUAAGCAGUAUGCUAUCGGCACUUGCGUUCUAUCCCUUGACUGUACUCGAAGGAAUGGACUUGGCAGAAUUUCAGCUGCUGGCUGAACAGGCCAGGCAAGAAGCGAGUAAUCCGGCAUUCCAGCCGUAUUUCUGGAUGUACGUUGCCAUUGGCCAAAAGCCUCGGCCAUCGAGGCGACGGCAUUAAAGUAGCGUAACGGCUCACAGUUCGUGGCGCGGGGGUGUAGUACUCAUCAGAGCUGGAAAUUCUUUGCCAGGGUGUUCCCAGAACUUCAAAACCACCGAAGAAUUCCCCUUACAGCCGUUCGCCU